UUAAUUUAAAUAUUUCUCUCGAAGCAACCCGAGAAUAACUUUUCACUAGUAAGCAGAAAACUAAAUCUGUCAAAUAAAUUAAGCAACAUGAAAUUUGGAAAAACCUUUGAGAGCUAUUUGACCACAGAAUGGCGACAGCAGUACAUGAAUUACUCAGAUCUAAAGGCAAUGAUUUAUAAGGCAGUACAGGAAUGUCCGAGCACAAGAAAUGUAUCGAACGCUUUGAUUGUACAGUAUUUUCAAAACUUUGAACGCAUUUUCUUGGCACGCUUGCAUGAGGAAUUGCUUCGCGUUCAGAACUUCUAUGCCCAGAAAAUAGCCGAGGCACGUCGCAAGCUUUACAUUAUCGUACAACAACUGAAAGCCAGGACAAGUACAACCAGCAAACAUGGACCGAGCACUCGAAAUUUAGCUCUCGCCUGCACUGAGUUCUACUUGAGCCUGAUAAUGCUGCAGAACUUCCAGAGUCUGAAUUAUACAGCAUUUCGCAAGAUUUGCAAGAAAUAUGAUAAGAACCUAAAGUCAGAUAUGGGAGGUUUCUGGUUUGAGGAAUAUGUGACAAUUGCUCCCUUUGCCCAGGACAAAGAGUUGCAAUCCAUGAUUGUCCAAGUCGAAGAACUCUAUACGGUGCAUUUCACUAAGGGCGAUCGGGCCAAAGCUAUGGACAAGUUGAGAGUGCCUCCCUUGGGUCAAUGUGUUCCACCGAGUAAGAUCUUUAUGGCCGGUAUGGUGUUGGGAUUGUGCAUUGUGAGCACCGCCAUUGUGAUUAUUUCACUUUACUAUAUCCACAACCAACUGGAUGUGAUCACAAUCAUUGCUCAAUUGUACCGAGGCCCCAUUGCUUCGAGUCUGGCUAGCUUUCUAUUUGCCCUGAAUGUUUAUGUGUGGCAGAACAAAGGUGUGAAUCAUGUGCUGAUUUUCAAUAUCGAUCUGAGGAAUCAUUUAAGUGCAGCCGCAUUUCUGGAGGUUGCCAGCAUAGUGGGCUAUAUUGUCACCAUGUCCAUGGUGUUCUUUAUCCACUAUAAAGAGUUUGAAGUAAAUAGUCCAUACUACUUUCCAGUCUUGUGCAUAAUAUUGCCAUUUUUAAUGCUCGUCAAUCCCAUACCCAUUAUGAAUCGAAGGGCUAGAAUGUGGAUUUUGCGCAUGAUUGGGCGCAUUCUUGGAGCACCCUUCUAUAAGGUAAUCUUCCCCGACUUCUGGAUGGCCGAUCAGUUGACUUCAUUAACAGUUUGCAUGGUUGACUAUUAUCAAUUGAUUCGUUUUUUAUUAUCGCUACUGCCGAGGCAAAGCAAAUGUCUUUGAGUUUGAGCCAGACACUUGGAUCACUUUGAUUCGUUGUUUGCCCUCUUGGUUCCGUUUAUCUCAGUGUUUGAGACGAUACUACGAUAAUGAUUACAAGCAACGCAAAUUUGUAUUAAAUACCAUCAAAUAUUUCAUAAACAUUAUUGUGGUUAUUUCCUCGACAAUUGUUAUGGAAACGAAUCAUAACUACGAUAGCAUGUUUGAUAAUCCUUGGAUCUGGUUCUAUAUAUCUAUGUCAGUGAUAUCCACAAUUUAUAGCACUGCUUGGGAUUUUCUUAGUGACUUUGGAUUGUUUAAGGUCUGGAAGGGCGAAAACAUCUUUCUACGCAAUCACCUCGUUUAUUCGAAGUGGUUCUAUUAUUAUGUCAUGGUUUUGAAUGUGCUGAUACGCUUCGCCUGGUCUCUGGAGAUGCAUCUAAUUUACUUCGAUUACGUAUCAGCCUUCAAUGCCAAGACAAUUAGCAGUUUUCUUGAAAUACUGCGUCGCUUUUUCUGGAAUUUCAUACGCUUGGAGAACGAGCAUCUAAAUAAUGUUGGAGAAUUCCGCGCUACUCGCGACAUUUAUCUUCACACAAUUUCCAUGACAAAUUUGAAUGACGACGACAAAAAAAUUGAGCUAAGCAUUUUAAAACUUUGUUCAGAAUGUCUCUAGAAUAACAAAUAAAAAUCAUUUGAUUUGAAUUUUAUGUUAUAUUUUCAAUCCAAUACAAAUAAUUGAAGAAAUUAUUUUGGUGUGAGACAAAUAUAAUGAAAUUUGGCAAGACUUUUGAGAGUCAUUUAACCCCCGAAUGGCGUGAACAAUAUAUACACUACUCGGAACUCAAAGCAAUGAUAUACGAGGCUUUGGAGAAUGCUCCUCGUCAGAAGACUCUAGCACUGGAGUAUUAUCAAAAAUUCUCUCUCGAGUUUUUUUGCCGUCUUGAAAGAGGAACUGAGACGGGUGAAUGAUUUCUUCGAACACAAACUGGCCGAAGCUCGCCGAAAACAUGCCACAUUCAAGGUGAAACUAAUGUAUUUAGUAAGAGAAUCCGGUGGUAGGGUAAGUGAUAUACCCACCUUGCCUCCCUUGGAGGAUCAGCCAAAGACCGCUCGCCAUUUGGAGCGGGCCUACAGUGAAUUUUACUUUAGUCUUGUGUUACUGAACAACUAUCAACAUUUGAAUGUCAACGGAUUCCACAAGAUAUGCAAAAAGUAUGACAAAUACAUUAACUCAACAAGCGGACGUUUAUGGCUUAGGACUUACGUGGAGCCGGCGACAAUUAGUCGGGAGAGAGCGCUACACACCAUGCUCGCCGAGGUCGAGAAUCUCUUCACGCAUUUUGUAACAAAUGGAAAUCGCACCAAGGCCAUGGCCAAGUUACGAGUUCCGCCCCUUGGUCAACCCACUUCUCCGAUCCAUAUAUUCUCCACAGGUGUAGUGCUUGGUCUGCUUAUAGUCUCCGUUUUCAUUUGCAUUGUGUCAUAUUUUUUCAUGCUUAACAAACCUGAGUUUCUCUUAUCGUUUAAACAAAUGUUCCGCUGCUCCUUUUUACUGAUGUUCUAUUGGUUCAGCGUAGUCAUCAAUGUGUAUGUCUGGCAAAGCGUGGGUAUUAAUCAUGUGCUAAUAUUCGAGUUGAAUCCACGUAAUCAAAUCCAACCCAUCAAAAUGCUGGCGCUAGCCAGUUUAUUUGCCUAUAUUUGUACCAUGUCCAUGAUAAUCUUUUUGCAUCACAACGAAUUUGGCAUCAAGGAUCCUUUAUUCAUUCCCAUCAUCGGAUUGUGUUUGCCCUUGGUCUAUCUAUUGAAUCCCAUGCCAAUUUUUAAUCAUCCCGCCCGUAUGUGGAUUCUGCGUACUUUUGGUCGCAUUGUUGCCGCGCCUCUUUUCCCAGUCACUUUUAUGGACUUCUGGCUGUGUGAUCAAAUGAAUUCAAUGAUUCUUUGCCUGGUCGAAUAUUAUCUCGUUACGCGGUUCUAUUUUCGAUAUUACAAGGAUGGAGUAAGUUCCCCCGGAACCAACUUCGAGCCUUGUGGUUACUGUGUUGCGUUGUCUGCCUCCGUGGUGGCGUUUGGCACAGUGCAUGAAGAGACAUUGGGACGGCGAUCCGCCAACUGCGUAUAUUGCAAAUGCUUUUACUUAUGCCUCGACGAUAGUCACUGUCAUUAUUCCCUUUAUUUAUGCGAAAGUCAGUAGUCCAGACGAUGAUGCAAUGAUGAAUCCUUUGAUCUGGGGUUAUAUUAUCAGUUGCAUUAUAUGUAGCAUCUCAUGCGCUUCGUGGGAUUUGCGUAUGGACUUCGGACUCUUUCAAAUCUGGAGUGGCGAACACAUCUUUCUACGCGAACAUCUUCUCUAUCCCAAGUGGUUCUAUUAUUUUGCCAUUGUGGCCGAUAUUGUCAUUCGUUUUAUUUGGGUGAUCGAAAUGAACCUAAUGUACUUCAACUUAAUGACAAAAUUUAAUUGCCUGAGCAUAAUCAGCGUGUCUGAAAUUAUGCGUCGGUUCAUCUGGAAUUUUCUGCGCUUGGAGAACGAGCAUCUUUAUAACUGUGGACACUUUCGGGCUACGCGUGAUAUUUAUAUAUCCACAUUGAACUCUCGAGAGGAUAUGGCAGUGGAGUAUUUACUAGACCAGUCCAGGGAUGUCCGUGGCGCCGAGUAUCGUCAACGAGACUCCAGCAUUUGAGACAAAGCCAAUUUUGUCGGACAACAAUUGAGAAUCAAUGUUGCAUUAAAACCUAACAUCGUCGAUGUCACCCUUUGAGUGAACAAAUUGAAUAAAAUUAAUUUCACAUUUACGAAA